AUGCUCAAGCGACCCUUUAGGAUACGAAGUUACUCGCUAAUACCUGGCCUACGAAACAACAACAACAACAACAACAACAACAACAGUCCUCAUGAACUAGUACCCAGUUUUGAAUCCGAUAAGCGGUUCGCCCAAGCUAUAAAGAGAAACGAACGGCGAAUUAAAGAAUACGAAGAUGCCAUUGAACUAUCAAAACAAUAUAAACAGCACCGGUCAAAUUUGAUAAAUAUUCUCCAAGAUGAAACCAACGUUGCAGCUAUGUUUACCGAUGACCCCAAGUGUGAAAUCACAACGUAUGAAGAUAUGUGUAGACAAGUUGCAGAACAAGGGCGUUUGACUUACAACGACAUUGAAAUGAGAAAUACCAUGAUGUUAGUAGCCAACAUGUUAAUGGAGAAUGUCGUCAUAGAUUUGAAAUUGAGAAGUGUAAAGAUUGAUCAUGAUAUUGAAGGGUUCAUUGAUGACAUUAAGAAGUCAAGUGAUUUCAUUUCGUUAGAACAAUAUCGAGUAGGUUUUCAUUCAUACAAAUCUUCGCAGUGGUUAAGCGCUUCAAAUCCGGAUACUCAUUCACGACUUGGUUCUGAUCGACCCAUCAUAUUCAAGCUGAAUCAAUACGACGACACUGAAAUAAUACAGUCACUUGAGACUGUAUUCAAUCAGUACACAUGUUCCACUGACAAACUAUCUCACAUUCAAUUAGCUUUGCGAAUAAUUCGAAUUCUACUAUUUCCUCAUAACCACAUACCCACAAUCAGGCUAUGGAUGUACUUACUCAACAAACUUGGCAAUUGUAACUUGUUAAAUUAUCAGCAAAUUGUUUACUUGUCAUUGUUUCAGUACAAGCAUCAGCCAACUGUUCUUGCUGAUCCUUCACCUGACACUGACUCAAUAUCUGCACCGUUGAUGGCUGAUCAUUUUGUUCAUCUAAUUGAAAAAGAUCCAGAAACUCUUAUCCCAUUACUCAAAUAUCAAGCACUCAGAAAAGAUGAGAAAAUGUUGUUGGAGCUAUUAUCAUUUCUAACUUUGGAUAAAAUUGCUAGUGAAAUGCAAGUUAUUAAAUCCCCCAUGUUAUCUAAAUCAAAAUACAAAUUACCUAAAUAUAUACCUGGACUUGACCUAGGUGAAAGAUUGUUAACAAUAUCACGCAGCAGCAUGUAUCAGAUUAUGCAAAUGACUAUCGAUUUGCAAUUGUAUGAAUAUCUUGACUUACUAUUCAACAAAAUCGUAUUGCAUUCGCGGGAUAAAAAUCUGAUUGAACUCAACUAUGUCGAGGAUGUAUUAGUUGAAGGGAAAGUAUUUGAUGAUGAUUUAUUGUCAAUAAUGUUGGAUGCUGCUGUAAAGUCGAAUGAUUUGGGUAGAAUUGUAUGGCUCUUGCCAUUUUUUGACGAGUAUGUUAAGGAUGGAAGGGUGAUGAAUCAAGCUUUACAAGGUCAAUUGUUGUCAGCGUUGCAAUUUUUCAACCUUGAAGGUAAAUUAAAGAGCUAUGAGGAGCUUUUCGUAUAA